CAUGUCUUACACCACAGAGCUGCGAGGGUAUGGUUUGCACACAGCUGCUUCCUUUCCAGCCAACGUCACAUUUAUUGUGUCUCUGGAGUAAAUCGUAAUGUAAUGCGUUGGAUUGAAACGCGAGAGGCGACCAGCAUAUCUGGAAGGGUGUCUAAAAGAGCCGCGUUUCAAUGCUGCACGUCCGACAGCUAAGCGUCUCUUAUCAGUGACAUUUUAAACUUGUUUUUUCACUUCGCCUCUACUGCUCUCUGAAUUUUUGAGAGCAAUUUCCUGGCUAAAUGAACGUCUUUGGUCAUGUAGUGAUUUUAGCAUCAGCCCUAACAGCAUGUCUAGCUGUGAUCACUCAGAUCAGUGUGGAGGAUGUCCCAUUUGGUGGCACAGUGUUCCUGCCCUGCAACAGCUCAGCCUAUGGUGGAGGAGAGCUCGAUGUGAAAUGGCAGGUCAUGGGCAAAGAUGUGGCUUCUUUCCUGGAUGGCCAGGUGGUGGCUGGGAAGGAAUAUGAGGGGCGUGUGGAGCUGCUCCAAUCAGAGACCUUGGAAGGGGACUUCUCCUUGACACUGACCAAUGCAAUAAUGAGUGAUACAGACAUAUAUGAGUGUCUAUGGCAGGGGAAGAUGAUCAUAAGCAUAGUGACACUUAACGUUUUGCCCCCACCAUUUCCUGAUGCUCGUACUCUCAUUUUGGAGGGUGAGGAUGUCACACUGCCCUGCUUCGGUAAAAUGCCCAAAAAUAAACACUGGGAGAAUAUGUAUAUCCAGUGGCUGAAAGAUGACAUACAGGUCCUGCUGCUCGAAUCCGGCAUGGUCACCAAAGAUGGUGGCUCCCAGAGCCAGUUAUUACCUUCCAAAGAGGAAGUCAGCCAGGGCAACUUUUCCCUGACCAUCAAGUCAACGAAGGUUUUGGACCAAGGUGUUUACAGAUGCCUCUAUAAGACCAACGAUUUUGAGGGUCCACGAAGGGGUCAUCCUGAGGCAUACACUCUCACUGUUACAGUGACCUCAGAGCCACCUCUGUUCCAAGCUGUGCCAAGCACUACUACUCAAUUUACUGGGUUGGAUGUUGAUGCUAAAAUGGAUAGCACUACGGAGCAGCCUGCUCUGGAAGUUUUCCAAACAUUUACACCUGAUGAUACAGCUUGGAUGAAGAAAGCCUUUGGUGUCACAAAGAAUACCAAAUCUAGCACCAGCAUGGAGGUUACUGGACUAAUAACUCAUAACAGAGAAGACAGCACUACAGUGCAGGAUUCUGUGAGAGUGAUAUCAGACCUACCAACACAGGCCAGAAUGACCACUGACCUUGUUGGUGCCAGUGCUAACAGGACUACAAAGCUAAAUACCAUAGAAGUGAUAUCAGAUCUACCAGCACAGGCCAGAAUGACCACUGACCUUGUUGGGUUAAUCUCUGGUGGCAGUACUGACAGCACUACAGAGCAGGAUCCUCUGGAAGUAAUAUCAUACCUACCACCACAGGCCAGAAUGACCACUGACCUUGUUGGGUUAAUCUCUGGUGCCAGUGCUGACAGCACUGUAGAGCAGGAUCCUCUGGAAGUGAUAUCAGACCUACCAACACAGGCCAGAAUAAACACUGACUUUGUUGGGUUAAUCGUUGGUGGAAAUGCUGACAGCACUACAGAACAGAAUGCCAUGGAAGUUUUCCAAACAUUUACACCAGGUGAUACAGCAUGGACAGAGAAAGCCUUUGGUGUCACAGAGAAGACCAAAUCAGGCACCAGCAUGGAACUUACUGGAAUAAUUAUUCAUGACAGAGAAGACAGAACUACAGUACAGAACUCUGUGAGAGUGAUAUCAGACCUACCACCACAGGCCAGAAUGACCACUGACCUUGUUGAGUUAAUCUCUGGUGCCAGUUCUGAUAGCUCUACAGGGCAGAAUCCUCUGGAAGUUUUUCAAACAUUUACACCUGAUGAUACAUUGCGGAUGGAGAAAGCCUUUGGUGUCACGGAUAAUACCAAAUCUAGCACCAGCAUGGAGUUUACUGGACUAAACACUCAUGACAGAGAAGACAGCACUACAGUACAUGAUUCUGUGAGAGUGAUAUCAGAUCUACCACCACAGGCCAGAAUUACCACUGACAUUGUUGGGUUAAUCUCUGGUGCCAGUGCUGACAGUGCAGGAUCAGAGCAGGAUCCUCUGGAAGGUUAUGGAUAUACUUCAGAAGUUCUAUGGAAAGAGAACGUGCCAUGGCUUUGUAUUGGGAUCGUCAGUGGAGUUAUACUGUUCACUGCAGUGUUCCUGUGCACAUUGGUGACACUGGGCAAGCUCUGACUUGUAAAAUGAGAACAGAACAUUAAGGACCCAGAACUGUUGCUAAGGACUGUAAUUAUGUUGCUAAGAGGUUGAUGCUGCCCAACAGGGUACUGUCUGCCUGGGGCAGGUGAGACAGUCUGGUAUUACCAUGAUCUGUAUUGUUGAACCCAUGCUGGGCAUUUUGGUGCUACUUUUGGAGCUUCUCAGGUAAUUUCUUUAAAUACGGACCUUUAAAAUGCUGGAGCAGUUAGCAGCAUUAGAUUUGUGACUGUUAAACCAUUUUAUGGUCAUGUUCCAAAUGUAAAUGUAAAUCCAGAUGCUUUGUUAAAAUUUCUGAAACUGUCUUAUGCUUUCCGCAUUUUUAACAGUUUAAGUGCUUUGCAAUAUAAAUCAAAGUGAAGGUGAGAACAUUUAGGUCAGUGAUUUAUCUUAAUAAACUUGACUCUUGCACAA